GCCCUGAGACACAGCGUACACCGAGGUUUAUACCUGGAAAAGUAGUGGAAGGCUAGGCCCACACGCUUGCUACAGGCCAAUUUGUCACAAGGUUCUUCAAGUCGCAAAUUAUAGACAGAGUAAGCCAGAAAACUCGCCCCAUCGUAUUUGACGAUCAACUGAGGUGGAUAAGAUCUCCAUCUUGCACUCAAGUCUCCAAAAAUUUCCUAGAAAUCUUGACAAGACAUCAGCGAGGGGCAGACUUGUCUCCAAAGUCUAAGACACCUCGAAGACAAUCGCUUUGAGACUUCUUCGGUAACUCUUCGCUCACAAUAAAGAAAUGAUAUCAAAUCUUAGUACACGUCGACAAUGAAGGGUCUUGAUUUGUUACGGAGAGAGACGACUGAUAAUGAGAGAAGCGACACUGGUAACUCAACAUCGACAACUACUCGCGAUGAGCGUCAAGACUUCAAUGCGAUGCGCGCGAUCCCAGAACAGAACUAUAAAGCCUGCCUGGUUGCAAUCAAAUCCUUGCAAAAUCGCCAUGGUGAUUCGAUCACCGCUGAGGACUGCAGGGUGCUUGGCAAAAGCGAAGGCGCCUACCACAUCGUUGUAUCUAUUGGCGUGACCCGAAAGGGAAAAUUGGAACGCUACAUGUUCCGAGUACCGGCGACUGGUACAGCAGCGCUUUGGCAGCAAGAGGAUCAAUAUAUGACGGAGCGAGAGGUUGAGCUUCUUCGACAGAUUCGCCGUAAUACAAACGUCCCUGUUCCGAAUGUUAUCGACUACGUCGCGGAGCUUCUCAACAUUCUCGGUGCACCUUGGAUGCUUAUGGAUAUACUUCCAGGCAACAGUGCAUACCGUAUUUGGUUUGAUCAACCCUCCGAGGAGCCAAAAUACUAUCGCGCAGAUGUUCCGUCCCCUGCAACACACCAAAAGCGGGUAACCUUUCUUAAGUCACUAGCAGGUCACAUGGUAAAGCUUCUAGCUUUGGAAUUCGAUCAUAUCGGCAUACCUGAGGACCUUCGUUUCAUUGGAACUCUAGAACGGAUGCUUUCAAAGUUGAAAUGCGCGGCCCUUUCGAGUCUACGCAAGAUUACCUCGAGUAUGGGGCUCCGCGACUGGAUCGACCAGGAAAUUCUCCAAGACGAGGACCAGGAUGACUGCGACGAUCCAAACGAAGAUCCUGUGAUGCUCAUGGGAGUCCGCCAAAUACUUCAGAUCAUCUUCAAUUGCACGGUAUUCAAUCCCGACCGUGACCCCGAGAAGUUUCUUAUCCACCAUAUUGACCUAGACCUGCAGAAUAUUCCGACAGACAAGGAUGGCGUCGUCACGGGGAUCAUCGACUGGGACGGUGCUUAUGCGGGACCUCGCUACAUUGGACCUACAGCAACACCUAGAUUCCUCCGCCGCGACUGGUUCCCAAAUGAAUGUGGCCCGAGCCUGGAGCACGCACCCUUCAUGAGCUUCAUGACAGAGCAUUACCGCAACAUCUACGCUGCGGCUGUUCAUGCGGCAGGCAAAGAGCAAAGCAUCGAUGACAUUGCCACCCGAUAUACAGCCAAGUCCGCGCUAUAUCAAGCCAUAUUCGCGGCAAUGUAUGAAGGUGGCCAUCCUCUGGAUAUCACUAGCAAGGGAAAGGUUGGCCUGCCGCUGUGGAAUAUCUAA